AUGGUCAAGAAGAGGGCGAACAACGGCCGCAACAAGAAUGGCCGCGGCCACGUUAAGCCUGUGCGUUGCUCCAACUGCGCUCGCUGCACCCCCAAGGACAAGGCCAUCAAGCGCUUCACCAUCCGCAACAUGGUUGAGUCUGCUGCCAUUCGUGAUAUCUCCGAGGCUUCCGUCUUCGCCGAGUACGCUGUCCCCAAGAUGUACUUGAAGCUCCAGUACUGUGUGUCCUGCGCCAUUCACGGCAAGAUUGUCCGUGUUCGCUCCCGCGAAGGCCGCCGCAACCGUGCUCCCCCUCCCCGUAUUCGCUUCAACAAGGACGGCAAGAAGCUCCAGCCCCCUACUGCCGCCAAGGCUUUGUAA